AUAAUAGAGGAGCUAGUUCAGAUGCUGACCUGGGCCGGAGCAGCACUUAGUUCUCCUCCUGAGGGUGAAGCCGUCGCAUAUUGUGAUCCGAGAGUCUCUUCCAUCCCUUUCGCUAUGUCUACUGUUUUCUUAGACGUCGCCAAAGAAGCACUGCCUUCGAAUAUUCAAUGCUUGCUGGUUGUCGUUCUUUUCGGGUGUGUCGACGGCAAACAGCUUCCCGAUACCUCAGCGACAAGGUGAGCUGGGUCUCGAAAUACCUCUGCAGAUCCUUGUUGCUCUGUUGGGUGCCGUUCGCGCUGUCGAAUACGUGGAUGGAGUCGUUAUCAAGGGAUUUUCCAGCAUGAUUAUACCUACCGAGAAAAAAGGGAACAUUGUCCAGUGGCACCUAAUCGUCAACGCAGACUGGACGCAACGCCUCUCAUACCGUGAUGGUGUCGAGCGGGUGCCCAAAGCGGGCUCUGAUCCACCAAGUCGAUUUCAAACUUGGACCGAAGGACGGCAAAUGCCAUUUUCAGCAGAUUGGCCCCUAUCAGAUUGUCAUGAGCGCGGUAGAGAGGAUGCUUGUUGUCCUCUACGACACAGCAGAUAAACGGGUAUGGCUUGUACCUGCUUCAGAAGUUAUCCUCGAUAUGUGUCAGCACCGUAAACAGCUGGAGCAUUUUAUGGUCGGCGGUUCACCAGUUGUUUUGCCUCCUGCUGGGACUGCCGGACAAUCUGCUAUAGAUGUACUCUUGGAAAAUGCUUUGCUUGAUCUCUGA